UGGUGUCACCUCGUCAAUCGUCCGGGUCGCUGCUGCCGCCGCCGCCGCCGUUGCUGCUGCUGCUGGUGGAGAUGCUGCUGCAGAGAUGGAGCUGAACCACAAAAACAGCAAAGUAUCGGGCAGAGUUUGAAACAAAGGGAGGGGGCUUAGCGUUAGUUCUCCAGCUGAACUGAUCGCUGGAGGGAUUUGUGUUGAAAAUAAGAUAAGUUUUUUACAAAAACAUAUCGGUUGAAGAUGAAGCUGCUGAAGCCGAGCUGGGUGAGCCACAACGGCAAACCCAUAUUUUCAGUUGACAUUCACCCUGAUGGGACAAAAUUUGCAACUGGUGGGCAAGGGGAGGAUUCGGGGAAGGUGAUGAUCUGGAACAUGGCGCCUGUCCUCCGAGACGAGGAUGAGAAGAACGAGAAUAUUCCCAAGAUGCUUUGCCAGAUGGACAAUCACUUAGCGUGUGUGAACUGUGUGCGCUGGUCCAACAACGGGCUGUACCUGGCAUCCGGAGGAGACGACAAGCUGGUCAUGGUGUGGAAGAGAGCCGCCUUCAUCGGUCCGAGCACGGUGUUCGGGUCGAGCAGUAAGCUGGCCAACGUGGAGCAGUGGAGGUGUGUCACCAUCCUGAGGAACCACACUGGAGAUGUGAUGGACGUGGCGUGGUCUCCUCAUGACGUGUGGCUGGCUUCCUGCAGCGUCGACAACACCAUCGUCAUCUGGAACGCUCGUAAAUUCCCAGAGAUGGUGACGUGUCUUCGGGGACACACCGGGCUGGUCAAAGGCCUGACGUGGGAUCCGGUGGGGAAAUACAUCGCCUCCCAGGCCGACGACCACAGCCUCAAAGUGUGGAGGACGGUGGACUGGCAGAUGGAGGCAAACAUCACCAAACCCUUCAGUGAGUGUGGUGGGACGACACACGUCCUGCGUCUGUCCUGGUCUCCAGACGGUCAGUAUCUGGUCUCGGCUCACGCCAUGAACAACUCCGGCCCCACCGCUCAGAUCGUGGAGAGAGACGGCUGGAAGACCAACAUGGACUUUGUGGGCCACCGUAAAGCCGUCACCGUAGUGAAAUUCAACCCAAAGAUUUUUAAGAAGAAGCAGAAGAACGGCAGCUCUCCGAAGCCCAGCUGUCCGUACUGCUGCUGCGCCGUCGGCAGCAAAGACCGAUCGCUCUCCGUCUGGCUGACGUCUCUGAAGCGCCCCCUGGUGGUCAUCCAUGAUCUGUUUGACAAAUCAAUUAUGGACAUUUCCUGGACUCUGACAGGUCUGGGGAUGUUGGUGUGUUCGAUGGACGGUACUGUGGCCUACCUGGACUUCUCAUUAGAUGAACUGGGAGACCCUCUGAGUGAGGAGGAGAAGAACACCAUCCAUCAGAACAUCUACGGUAAGAGUCUGGCUAUCACCAGCACCGGAGCCCAGCUCUCCACCACCAUCAUCGAGAACCCAGAGAUGCUCAAAUACCAGCAAGAGAGACAGAACUCGGCCCAGGCCCACUCGGGACCGGUCGGCGCCGGUCCCGAAGCCUCCGCCCCCAAACUCAACAGCGUCAUGAACGGAGAGUCUCUGGAGGACAUCAGGAAGAACCUUCUGAAGAAGCAGGUGGAGACGAGAACCGCCGACGGCAGAAGACGAAUCACGCCGCUGUGUAUCGCUCAGCUGGACACGGGGGAUUUCUCGCCGGCUUUGUUCAACAGCGCUCCCAUCCUGCCUUCGGGAUCCUCCAUGUCCAACCAGCUCACCUCCCAGCUCAGCUCUGACUCCAGCCCAGGACAGGCCUCCUCUCUGGGGCUCAGGCCCACACACGACCCCAUGCUCAACCUGCCUCCACCCAACAGCACCAGCAAGGGCCUGGAGGACAACAAGGACGGUUCGAAGUCCAACCUGCUGCUCACUUCUGCCUCCAAGAUCGAGCCAAUGAAAGCUCUGGACUCCAGGUUCACAGAGAGGUCAAAGGCGACGCCGGGCGUCACAGCCGCCAUCACCUCCACCACGGGACUCUCGCCUCUGGACAGGACAAAAGACGGCAUCUCCGCCCUCAAAGACAUAAAAACCAAAGAAGACACCAGCAGCGACAGCGAGGACAAGAUGGCCGCCAUCAACAAGAACCUGGCGUUCACCAAGAGGAAACCCGAGAUGCUGAUGGACGGAGGCGAGGUGGUGGAGAAGAGGAAAAAGGGACGACCCAGGAAAGACAAGAUGGCCACUCCUGUCGCCCAACCCUUCACUCAGAUAACUCCUCCAGCAGAGCGGGAGUCCAGCAGGGUGGCAGCUCCUCCAGCUCCCGCAGCUGUUCUCAAACUCCCGACGCCGAGCAUCCAGAAGGCCUUCAGCCUGCAGGUGAGCAUGGAGCCCUCGGUGUUCCUGGAGGUGGAGAACGAGGUCUCGGUGGUCGCGGGUACGAAGCUCAGCCAGCUGCGAUGCUCCAGAGACGGACGAGACUGGAACACGCUGCUGCCCAGCUCGGUGGUCACCGCUGCAGGGAGCAGUGACGUCAUAGCCGUCGCCUGUCAGGACAGGAUGUUGUCGGUGUUCUCUUCCUGUGGGCGUCGGCUCCUUCCUGCCAUCCAGCUGGCCACGCCCGCCUCAGCCCUGCACUGCUCCGCCCACUUCGUCAUGGCUCUGACGGCCGGAGCGACGCUGUUCGUCUGGGACGUUCAGAAACAGAAAGCUCUGGUGAAGAACGAGUCUCUGCUGACUAUUUUAUCUGGCGCUGACAUCACGGUGUCUCAGUCCAUGCUGACUCAGCAGGGAGUUCCAGUCAUCGGUCUGUCCAACGGGAAGUCGUACUGCUUCAGCUCCUCACUGGAGACGUGGACGCUGAUAGCAGAUAAAGGAGACUCUCUGGUCCAGUGCGCCGACUUCAGGAGCUGCCUACCUACCCAGGAUGCACCUGUGUCCUCGGGGCCACUGGCCGUCAUGCAGGGACGCAACCUCAACGCUGGCCGGCUGGCGUCCCGGCUCUCCUCCACCCCUCACCACCUGCAGCAGAGCAUGACGCUGGCCUUCCUGGAGAACCAGCUGGCGUCCGCUCUGACUCUGCAGUCGGCGCAGGAGUAUCGCUACUGGAUGCUCAUCUACGCCCGAUUCCUCGUCAACGAAGGCUCAGAGUAUCGUCUCCGAGAACUCUGUAAGGAGCUGCUAGGUCCUGUUCACAAAUCAGCUGCUACAGCCUGGGAGCCCACCACGCUGGGUUUACGGAAGCGGGAGCUGCUGCGGGAAGUGUUACCCGUCAUCGGUGAAAACCUGCGAUUCCAGAGACUAUUCACCGAAUACCAGGAUCAGCUGGAGCUGCUGCGCAACAAAUAACACACACACACACACACAUACACACACACAUAUAUAAACAUAUAUACUGCCAUACACACACACACAGACAAACACACUCGGACUCAUCAUGAAACCAGUUCGGUUCAUCCCGGAUUAGCUCGGCUCGGCUCGGCUCGGGUAAAUACUGACUGCUUUCAUCAACUUUGGGAAGCUUGGAAGGCUGUCCUGGCUGAGACCUGAACAGGGAGAACUCUAAUAACAGCCAGUCCACAGAUUUUCAAGCGCUGGGACUUUUCAGUGCUGUGGUCACUGGGCAGAUGUGGGUGCUUCUUUCUUUUUUUCUAAUCACGAUUUUUUGGUUUGAACAGUUGUCUUUUGUCUUUUUUUUUUCCUGCUAAAUGUGUUUCUUCUCCUGACCCUACGCACCUCUCUCCCGCCCUCCUAAUCAUGAACUUAAAUGAUUCACUCAAGAGAGACGGUGAUAGAAAAGGUUCGGUUCCCGUUAACUGCCAUAAUUCAGCAUCAGCAGCUGUGUGUCCGGUUGAAUCAUAAUCCAGUCUGUUUUCUGCCCUCAGACAGAAAGAGCAGAAGUGGGGAAAAAAGACAAAAUAUGAGUCAUAAUGGAUGUAAUGAAGCAAUACGCUUGAACCAAAGUGAUGCCUUUUAAACGUAGAAAUAAGAAAAACACACCUGCACAUGCGAAGAGAAGGAAAUGAAGGGCAUUCAAAGAUUCAACCGGGGGGUUUUUUUUUUUAAGGCUGCCGAUUAGCCGACGUUUUCUGAGUACGUCGUUUUUAAAAGCGGCAGCGAAGCAGAAAAAAAAACUGCCGCUACUACUGAAACCCAGGACGGACCACGGAGGAAAUGGAGUCUUUUUUGUGUCCAACUUGCAGCUGAUUCGAACCCACGAAAGCGUUCACACACACCAGUCAGAAGAGCACUUAAAGCAGCUCACGUAUGAAAACUCUUUUUUGUGCGUCUUUUUAUUGUAUUGUAACGAUUUAUAAAAAAUCCAGGCGAAACUACUAACAAUUUAACCAUCAAACUCUUGAAUACUUGCUUCUCUUCAAGCUGUCGAUUACAAGAAGCCAUUUUUUUAAAACGUCCAUCUUCCAUAAUGUUAUAAACAGAAAGAAUCAUUAAGCUGAAUUUCGCCUCUAAAAUCAAAGGCGAUCAAGUGUUUUCAAGCUGUUUCAUCAAACAUGGGAUUUAACAGGAGGUUUGUUUUUUUUAUCAUGUCAGAUAAAUGAAUUUAAAACCAAACUCAAGUCGGGGUCAAAAACUUUUCUCAUAACAUCUCACAUGAAAUCAUAGUUACUGUAUCUCAUAUUCUGCAGGUGUUUAAGCUUAGGAAUGUUUGCUGAAAACACUCAGCGAAGCAAAGAAAACAGAAUUUAUUAUUUUUUUUAUUUUAUAUAUAUAUAUAUAAACACACUUCUGACCCGCAGCUUCGUUCGUCUGAGCUGCGUUCAUGUCAAAACACAUUUAUCAUAAACAGCUGCUGCACAACACAGAUUCCCAGAAGUCCUGAGAGAUUUCGCACCAGAUCAAAUAUCUCAGGACUUGGGAAGCCCUCCCCCCCUCCCCCUCCUCCCCCACCUGUAGCUCUCAUACCUGCAUUACAGAUGAUGGAAAAAAAGACAAUAUUAUCUCUUACAUGUUAAUGAUUUCACUUACACUAUGAUGAUAUGACUCCUAAUACUUCUGCUGCAGCUUUUUAUACUUUAAAUCCAACAAUAAGUCAGUUUUUUUUUUUUUGGAUGUUUUUCUUGAGAUUGUAGCGUCGUCAUAAUGUUCUUGAAAUCAUCUGACCGUCUCAUCUGACCAGAGAGGGCCAGCGGGGGGGGAGGGGGGGAAGGGGGGAGAAAUGCUAUGUAUAAUUUUUGUGUGUGUGUUUCACUUCUUGUCGUUUUUUUUUUUUUAAAUCAGAGCUUCAACAGAAACACGACCGUCAGUCUUGUAAAAGGCUUCAAAUUCUCUUUGUUUUUCUGUUGCCGGGCGAAAACCACUGCGAGGAAAAAUCAGUUUUUCAGGACAAAAAAGGGGGAAAUUUUUUUGUUUGUUUUUUUUUUGUGUGUGUCUGACAUCCAUUAACUUGAUAUUUUAACAGGUUUCAAUGACCCCGAAAGGUCACGAAACCUUAAAAAAAAAAAACACAUCAAUGAACUUGUCUGUUUUUGUCUACAGCAGCAGUAACGCACUCCUCUGCCAGCUGAGUGUGUGUUGGUGUGUGUGUGUGUGUGUGUGAGUGACAGAGUGAGUGUGUGAGAGUGUGUGUGUGUGUGUGAAUGGAGAGUGUAAUCAGAAAGCUUGUUUACUGCUGUAUUUCACUGCACAGUGUCAAACAGCACUGAAGCAGACACACACACACACACACACACAGAGAAAGGAGUGAAUCCCGUUUUCUUUACUAAUCUGUACAGCGUUUCUUUUGUUUAUUUGUUUAAUUUCUCUAUUUUGUUUGUUGUUGUUUUUUUUGCUGUUAGUCAUUUUUAAAUGUUUGUACAAGGCAAUUUUUUUUUUGUUUCAAUUUUUCUAUAAGAAAAAGAAAAGAUGAGCAGAGACGAGUUGAAAUUUUGCUUUUGAGAGAAAAAAAAAAAUUAAACAAAUGAGGAACA